GUUUCCACCGCGGUGGUGUUAAAAUGUGCCCUCUUCUGGUCAAUAAUGCUCAACGUUAGAACCGAGAUUUCAGUGAUUAUGAUUGACUAAUAUCAAGUGCUCGAACGAAUUGUUAAAUAUUUACUGAAGUGCCAUUUAUUAAGUGGAGAGGAUCCCAAUUACAGAACUUCUAAUCUCGUGGCCAUGUGCAUAUGGAAAAUUGAGAUUGUAUGGAAUAUAAGACAUUGGAUCUGGUAGCCAAACAGACGAUACUUUAAUGUUUAUAGGAAGUUUCCGCGAACUUUGAGCCUCUCUCUUUUGUGUUUUUUCUUCUUCUCCCGAGAAAUCUCGACUUCCUCAAAGUGUGUUAUAUAAAAAGAAAUUGUUAGAUGUACUUUUUCAAGAGUCCUACUGACGAAUGAGUGAGAAAUACUGCGCAAUUGAGAAGUCUUUUCCUCUUUCUUUACCAUAUGUGGUUCUCAAACAACCUUCUAUUAUGCUGCUUAUUUACAGUGAGGAAUAAUAAAAACAUCUUUGUGCACAAAUAACACUCUAAUUUCCAUUAUCAGCGUUGCGCCUCUUGAUAAGACAUCGAGUGGCGAUAUGUAUGCAUUAUGCUCUUAAUUAGCAAAGAUAUUUGACAAUAUAUAUCCAGUUCACUUUUAAUUACUUGUGCGUGAAGCUUUUCUGUACAAAAGCCUACCAUAAACUACUACGAAGGUCGACGAUCUUCAUAUAGCGUCACGGAGCGACCAAACCUUCACAAAUCGACCAAUAUGUGAUGGGCGAAAAGAUGAUGAAGAUGAAAAGGUUCAAAUACUCGCAAUGGAUAUAACGUGCAGUGAUAGAUAUUUAAGAAUGUUCUGAAAACAAGAACCGCACGGAAAAAUGUUUAGAGGAAUUUGCGUGAUACAGAAAAUAUUCCACUUGAUAGUAUUGAGUGUUUUGUUUAUUGUGAAAUUGACUGUAUUAGAUUUUGCUAUGUUUAACUUAUUAUCACCUGCUGUAAGUGUCUCAAACACUACAGACUUCUAUAAGACAACAGUUUCAAGUGGAAUCGAAAGCUUCGAGUCGAAGCUCAAUGGAGGCUACGAGCUGCAGUGCUGGAAUUCUGUCCACAACAUGGAGGCCGAACUUGAGUGUCGAUGCAGCGGAAGUUCGCUGGUAAGAAUUCCCCAAAUUCUCCCAGUUACCGUCCAAUCCCUCACAAUCGUCUCAGCUGGCAUUCAGACGUUGAGGGUGGCCGGAUUGCGGCUCUAUUCACAGAACCUGAAAGAUUUAACACUCACCGAUCUGCCCAACUUUAGAGGGAUUGAGCCAAGGGCUUUUGAGAAUAUGAAUCAACUCCGCACAAUAUACAUCUCUCAAGCACCCAAUUUGCAGUCUCUAUCAGCCGAUGUCUUUGAAGGAAUAUCCAAAUCCCUGAAGAUAUUAAGAAUUCUCAACUGCGGGCUGGAGAAAAUACCUGACUUGAGUUACUUGUAUUCGGAUGUGAUUUUACAGAUGGUUGACUUGGAAGGCAAUCGUAUAUCGAAGAUAGAGGAAAAGUCUGUGAGAGUGAAGACUGAACAAUUGAUUCUUGACAAUAAUGAUUUGAGAUUUGUGGAGGACUCUGCAUUUGAGGGAUCUGAAAUUGCUACGCUCAGCCUCAAAGGUAACAGGGAAUUGGUGAAGAUGCACGACUUGGCCUUCCAGGGUAUUGUCAGCAUUCAGGAAUUGGAUCUGUCUAGCACUUCCUUGGAAGUCAUACCCACGGACGGCCUCGGCGGUUUGGAAAUCCUUCGAAUUCAGAAUACUCACUCCCUAAAGGUGAUCCCAUCUGUCUACAAGUUCAAGAGCCUGCGGGAGGCCUGGCUCACACAUCACUUCCAUUGCUGUGCAUUCAAGUUCCCAUCCCGCCACGAUCCCCAAAACCACGCCAAGAUGCAGAAACAUCUUUCGCUGCUGCAAAAGAAAUGCCAGGGUCUGACUCAUCACGAGUCUAGCAGCGAAGAGUGGCAUGCGAAGAGGAAGAGAGCUCUAGGUCACCCUCGCGGGCGAUGGCGGAGAGAAUUAGCUGACAAUUCAACAGGCAGGAGCUACGAUAGGCUCCUGUCGAGUGAAGAGGGUAGCAAUAGCAAUUCUUAUGAGCAGAACGAGGGGGAGUUUGGGGUGUUUCACGACGAUUCAGCCGACGUGUCGCCUCACCUCCAGGCAACCUGUGGCAAUUUAACACAAGAGAAAAUUGAUAUCAAAUGCUUUCCGAUUCCCGAUGCCCUCAACCCCUGCGAGGACGUGAUGGGGAGUCACUGGCUGAGGGGCUCGGUGUGGAUUGUCGUGCUGCUGGCUGUCUUCGGCAACACUGCAGUUUUGAUUGUGCUCUUCUCCAACAGGUCGGACGUCACAGUUCCCAAAUUCCUUAUGAGUAACCUGGCAUUUGCUGAUCUCUGCAUGGGCUUCUAUCUGCUACUGAUAGCAGCCAUUGAUGCUCACUCAAUGGGAGAGUACUUCAACUUUGCCUAUGAUUGGCAAUAUGGCUCCGGCUGCAAGGCUGCUGGAUUCCUCACGGUUUUUGCCAGUCACUUGUCCGUCUUCACGUUGACCAUAAUAACCAUUGAGCGAUGGUUUGCCAUCACCUAUGCCAUUUAUUUGAAUAAGCGCAUCAAGUUGAGGGCUGCCGCCAACAUAAUGAUUGGUGGUUGGGUAUUCUCCACUGUGAUGGCCGGCCUGCCAUUGCUCGGCAUCAGCAAUUACUCUUCAACAAGCAUCUGCCUGCCCAUGGAGGCUCGGGACUCGUACGACGUGUCCUACUUGAUCACCGUGUUGGCCAUCAAUGGGCUGGCCUUUGUGAUAAUUGUCAUAUGCUACGCUCAGAUUUACUACUCCUUGGGGAAGGAGACACGCCAAGCGGCCAGGAAUGCCUCUAGCGGAGAGAUGACUAUCACGAAGAAGAUGGCAUUGCUGAUAUUCACUAACUUUGCCUGCUGGAGUCCCAUUGCAUUCUUCGGGCUCACAGCGUUGGCCGGUUAUCCCCUGAUUGACGUGGCCAAGUCCAAGAUAAUCCUCGUCUUCUUCUACCCACUCAACUCCUGCGCCAAUCCCUAUCUGUACGCCAUCCUGACUAGUCAAUAUCGCCGCGACUUGUAUAUCCUUCUAUCCAGAUGCGGCUUCUGCAAAAGACGCGCUAUGGAGUACAAGCUCACUUACUCAGUCGCCACGCAAAAUACAUUCCCCCUGAUUGCCAGGAAUUCCCUGCCAGAGGCGCAGUCUCGUAAAAGCAGUCGCGGCAUCGCAUCAGAGAUUUUCGUUUGAUGAUUUCCUUGAGUGGUAUAAUUUCGCUUCUCAUUGUGAUACUUACCAUUAAAUAUGCGCGAUCUCUUUGAUGUAUGUAUAUUGCAUGCCGAAAGAACAACAUUUACUUCGUGUCCCACUUUGUAUACGUAACAAUUAAUAUCUCUCACUCAACUUAUAAUCUAAUAUGUAAGAAUAAUGUAAUUUUAGUAGUGCAAUAAAGGAUGAAACAGUAUUAAUAAGCGUGUGAUUGUAUAUUAAGUAUGGAAAAACACUAGGUAUUGAAGCCUGGUGCGGAUAUUCAAUUUUAUACCUGGAACGGAUUAAUUAUUUGAGAAUU